AUGCAUCAUGAUUCUAACGGUGACGACCAGCAGGGGGCGAAGUCAGCCCGUAAACGCGUCAGAUUCGCCGAUGAAACUUCGGCCCAAAGUGUAGACGACAUUCCGUUGCGAGGCAGGUCGAAUGAUACACCGUCCGGAACCUCAAAUAUUGAGAAUCAGAAAGAACGAAGGGUAACGGGAUCCACACCCGCGUCGCCCAGCGCCGAUAAUGUAGACCCUCUGGAGAUUCAAAAAGAACGACGAAGAAUGAUCGCGACCGCCGACCGCUUUGUUCUGAGUGAGGACAACGUUCUUUACCACCUAAGAACGAGAUUUCUGAGAGGUGACCACCUGCUAGAGGAGCCAACACUGCGUCUAGUGGUACUCACCACGGUGAUUCAAGAGGUACUACAAAACUGCCACGACUCGCUAGAAAGUGAUCAUCCAGGUAUCGCACGAACCUUCUACCAGGCGAAAGUGGAUUACUACUGGAUCGGUCUUUACGCAGAUGUCGUAAGGCAUUGGGCAUUCACCGGAUCCGUAAUAGGAAAAGCCAUGGCCAACACCACCGCCUUAUGGGUGGCACAAGUGUUUGAAGAAUGCGUCUACCAAAGGUUCGGAGCGCAGUCGUUGAUCAGACAUGAUCGAGACCCACGCUUCAUGAGUGAGUCGAUGUCUAGUGCAACAUUAAGUUACCGGCCCCAGGCGAACGGCCAGCAAGAACUGUCCGUCAAAACGGUUAUGCAGUCUGUGCGUGUAUACGGGGAAGAUCCGCUGCAGCAGGACUGGGACGACAUCGUUGUGAAGUUGAUUAACAAUUGGAUAGAUGCGACGAGGAAGGAGACACCCUUUUAUCUUAUUCCGUGA